ACACCAUUAGUGCAGUAUGGGUGAUAUUUUUUAAUUAGGUUCCGUGCAAAAAUAUUUGAAGCCCUCCGAAACGACAGGAAAGAAGGAUGGAGAACAGUUUAAGCCGUAGUGGUAGUCGUUCAAGCUCAGUCUGUGAGCUCGAAAAAGAUUUCAGUGAUAUCGAUAUAAUGAAAACUAGGCCAAAUCGUCGCGCUGUAAUGCUUCGAACACCACCUGCACGGAAGGCAAAACGAAUCAGAUUUUUUCGAAAUGGUGAUAAAUUUUAUUCAGGAGUAGUAAUCCCAGUCUUGCCAGAACGUUACAGGUCUUUUGAUAGCUUAACAGCGGAUUUGACAAGGGUGCUUGUUGAUAAUGUUACUCUGCCAAGUGGAGUUAGAACCAUUUACUCUCUUGAGGGUAGAAAAAUAGGGAAAUUAGAUGAUUUAGAAGAUGGUCAAUCAUAUGUAUGCAGUGGUUUUGGAGAGCCAUUCAAACGACUUGACUAUGAAGCAAGUGCACAGACACCACAGUCUUUUAGACUCAGUGGCCCAGAGUCCUUUGGUGACAGUGCUAGCCCAUCUCCAGCUAGAGCCAAUAACAGACUGUCCCGGUAUUUACAGACAAAUGGUAGUGCCACUACUGGUAACGGGACACCGCGCGUCAGCCCCGCUGGCGACAACGUGGUUCGACCACGGAUAGUUACUAUUAUUAGGAAUGGAGUUAAACCACGCAAGGUCUGCAGACUAUUACUAAACAAACGCAAUAGUCCAACGCUAGAGCACGCGUUAGCCGCAAUUACGGAUUGUGUCAAACUGGACACAGGCUGUGUCCGUAAAGUUUUCACACAAUCUGGCACCCCUGUCACUGCCUUGAAUCAAUUUUUUGAGGAUGAGGACGUUUUUUUUGCUUAUGGGAAUGAAAGGGUAAAUCAAGAAGACUUCGAGUUGGAAUUUGAAGAAAGUAAAGCUGUGUUACAAUGUAGGAAAACGCCAAUUACUAGAAAUUCAAGAACGGGUCCAAAGCCUCGAAUGCCAGUGAAAGCCGGUGGGGGCAAAGCACGGGCCAGCAACGAGGCCGGAGGUGGACCCGCAUGGGAUGCCGCAGACAAUGACGCUGCACCUAUACUCCCGCAACCACUACGGCUCAAGUACGGCGUUGGGAAGAUAAUAGGUGACGGUAAUUUUGCUGUUGUCCGGAUAUGUAAAGACAAAAAUACCGGAAAGGAAUACGCCCUUAAGGUUAUAGACAAGGCGAAAUGCAAAGGAAUUGAGCACUACGUAGAAGCAGAGGUACGCGUUAUGAGAAAGCUUUGUCACCCACGUAUCGUCUCGCUAAUCGAAGAACAAGAUAGUCCUGAGUGGUUGUAUUUAGUUAUGGAACUUGUUAGUGGUGGCGAUUUGUUUGAUAGUAUCGCGGCCGCUUCCAAAUUCUCUGAGCCUCAAGCGCGUUUGCUAAUCGGCCACCUAACAUCAGCUAUUGCAUAUCUACACUCACUUUCUAUAGUGCAUCGUGACAUCAAACCCGAAAACUUAUUGGUGGAAGUGGGUCUAGAUGGGACUAUUCGUGGGCUAAAGCUGGCUGACUUCGGCCUGGCGGUGGAAGUGUGGCGGCCGUUGCAUGCGGUCUGUGGUACUCCCACUUACGUCGCGCCUGAGAUUCUGCUGGAAACAGGAUAUGGCCUCAAGAUCGACGUAUGGGCAGCGGGUGUAAUUUUAUACAUCCUCCUUUGUGGGUUUCCUCCGUUCUCAUCGCCUGAUGGCGACCAAGAGAAGUUGUUCGACGCCAUUCUGUCCGCACGGCUGGAGUUCCCUGCACCGCACUGGGAACGAGUAUCGGCCGGAGCCAUUGACUUAGUAGCCAAUAUGUUGCGUCCACAGCCAGAGCUGCGCUUUGCCGCCGAGGACGUACUUGAUCAUGCUUGGAUGGCGGACGACUAUGACGAGAGCAAAGACUUCCAGACAUGGUACGACGAGGACUCGUCAUAGCUGAGCGACGAUCGCAGCACACCCGCCGCGCCCUCAUGACGACGUGUCACACGACCAGUCUCUACAACUAGCGACAAACGAUAGUGAUACUGUGCGACUAACGUCACUAACUACUGCCAAACAAAUAUAGUUAAAUUGCUCCGUCAUUUGUUCAAAUUGUUCCGUCAUUUGUUCAAUUAGCAUAAAAGCAAAUUUGUGACAGCUGUAUGCAAAGGCACCUUAUGACGUUACCGACUUAGAUUUUUUUUAACGGGAUACAAGUUUUGUAUUAGGUAAAUUGUGUAUAAUUUCGCGCCACGGAUUGACAUGUGAUUUUAAUAAUGGUGACUAUACUUUUUCUUCUCGGUCAUGGCGGUUACGUGGUUGGUUAUAAAGCGAAAGGCAGUCCAGUGAAAUGGACCGUCAAAAGUUAGAAUUUUUUCCACGAUAAACAGAUAAUUAAAAAAUAGAAACAGGUGUCUAAACAGUUAUAAAGUCAUAGGAGGUUAGGGCUGUCUUUAGUAAUUUAAUCUGCUAUUCUAUCACACAAGUAUUUUCUUUGUGCACCUAAACUUUUGCACCAUAUAAUUGUGUAUAAAGUACAUUCCAAAAGUGCAUAAGGUACCUUUACUUGCGUGUUGACACAACUCAUUGUCCAUUAUUUGUUGAACGAAUGUAUCGCAUGAGGACCUGAAAGAACAAAUGGCACGGUAAAACUUCCUAAGGUUCGUAAUUAUGUAGACAUGCAAUCUGUCUUCUAUACAAGGUCCUAAUUUAUUGGCCGACAUACUUUUAAGUCUACGAAAUGAAACCAAACAACUUUUGAAAGACCCCUUUGAAUUUGCAAAAAUAACAGCUGUUUUAUACAUUUGUGUCGAAUAGGUAUUAAUAUCUUAGUAAAAGGUGCUUGCUUUCAUGUAUUGAAAAUGCACUUACAAUGAUGUCAGCAAAUAAGGACGUAUAGCUUCCGAUCCUUUAAGAGCAAUGUUAUAUUUUCCAACACGUUUCAGUACCGAUUUUAUACUUUAAUCAAAUUUAGUAUUGGACGGUGUUCAGUGAAUGAAUACAAACCGUUGCUAAUGCAAUUCUUAACAAGACACACUUCUAUAGAUAAGGUGCUGGAAUAUGCUGAUAAAUGUUGCAUAAGCCUUUGAAAGUAAUUUGUUAAUUAUAAACAGCGUUCAUACACGCAAGAUAUAUGGUAUUUAGGUACACUUAUCGUAAAAAGACACUGGUCCAGAUUUGACCGACAGCUUUUACCCUGCGCGUAAAGUGCUGCCACCUGUAUUUGGCAUUUGAUCAUGCGUUAACACCAAUACCAAAGUUAUUCCUUAAUUUAUUUUUUAUCUAUAGACACUUUUGUAUUGUUUAUUUAUUAUGUAAUAAAAGUAUUAUGCGUAAAUUGUUUCUAUCAUCUGAGGUAACUUAGAAUUGUUUAUAGUACAUUGUUCGAAAAUUCUUUGCGCCCAAUGUAGCUAAUUUCAUAAUUCCGGUCAGAUAGUGCAAGGUGCAUUUACUCACUGCUGAACAAAUUUUUAACUUAUAUAACAUGUAAUACAAGUUGUAUUAAAAAGGUGUGACUAUAUUCCUUCUAUAAUUUUUUCCGCUAAUUUAGAAUAAUUAUUUUAUUAAAAUUGUUGUAAGCAUUAUCACCAGCUAAAAUUGGGUCUUAUUUGUAAAUGUUAUAAAUGUACCUUUAUAAAUGUUGUUAAUGCGUAACCUUUUAAUUAACCCAACGAGAUUAAAUGUUUCUGCUUUCGUACUGAAAUAAGAAGAAAACUGACUGAUGGUAGGUCUUGUAAUUGAACUGAUUUAAAAACAAUGGCAUCAUCUCAGAGAGAAAUUUGUGACAAUUAGUGUACCAAUAUAAUAGUAGAUAGUAAAAGUUGGUCUUGAAAUUAAUAAUGUAUAACAUUUUAUAAAUUCUUAUCAAGGCCAAUUCUACAUCCACAACAAUUCAAAGUUACCUUUGUUAAAUGGUUUGUUAUCAAUUAUAAUAAAUAAAUCUGAAUUAAGUGCUUUGGAAAAAAGUAUUUACAUACAAUUUACAGCAUGUACAUAAAUUGGUUAAAUCAAUUUCGAUUUCCGUAUCUAAUAAUAUGAAAUGCUUUUGUUUGUUUUUGUGAUCCAAUAUUUAGUUUUUAAAAAAUCUAAACAUUUUUCCGCACCGUCGACCAUUUACGAUCUCUUGUUUUUUUUUUAAUUUUGUUGUCCAAUCAAUUAAAAGAUUGUAGUAAGUUAAAAUUGUAUAGGUAAUAUUUAUGAAAGAAGAAAUUAUUUUAUUUUACGAUAAUAAUGAUGUAAUAUACGAGUAAUAUAAUGUUAUUUAAUUAUUUGAAUGAAUUAAUAUUUACUAUACGAGUAUAAUGCAGAUCAUCGCGCUUUUUAGUUUGAUACGAUUUAUGCAAAUGGGCUUCUUUAGUAGACUGGUAUUGUACUCAAAAACGCGUCCCUACUGGAAGCAUUCACUUGAAAUUCACACAUUUGUUAGUUGCAUCGCACCAAUAAAACAAAUGCUUGUCGCGGCUAUUCGAAAUGACAAUCUUUGACGCUCAAGAGACGAGUUUUCAUGAUGGAUCGACUUUACACUACAGGUGAAUACUCCCGGUAGUAGCACGCCUUAUAUCGAGUGGGUAAUAUAGCCUUAGCUCUCAUAUCAUGUCAUAUCUUGAUAGAAACAUAUAGAAUAACAAAUUUACACACAACAGUGCUGGAAAAUACUUAGUAACCCCACAAGGAUUUAUGCUCUUAAGGUAAUUCUCGAUCCAUUGGAAUCUACUCUCGUUCUCGUUCGACAUUCCGUCCGAAACAUCUAAUGAAAAAUUAGCCUUACUUAGCCAAAUCAAAAGAAAAUGUCCAGUAUGAAGCUUCAUUCGCAUCAUACGUAUUUUAAUUUGGUCGAGUAUUACUUAUUUCACAAUAAAUGUUGCGGAUGGAUGUCGGAGGAGUACGGGAGUAAACUCCCAGGUACGACUUAAAGUGAGUUCAGACUAUUUGACCUAGCGUUAAAUGCGAAAUUUAAUUGUAGAAACUUUUUAAAGUGAAUGUUACAUCCCAGUGUUUAAAUUUAAUAAAACAGUAAGUCGCACAUCGCCUGAAUAUUCACUAACAAAUGUUUAUGAAUAUUUGCAUAACGGUGAAAACGUUCCUACAAAAGAUGUAAUAUAUCAAUAGGUCAAAACGACAACACUAACCCCAUCAAAAUAGGGUCCAAAGUAGCUUGGCAAACUUACCCCUUUUUAGAACACGUUCCCUAGGAUGCUUGUGUGUGGUUUUGUAUUCAUAAAGGUGCAUUUAGUGAUAGUUCUUCAUCAUGUGACGUGCACUGAAAAGCACUGAAUAUAAUAUAGUGCCAAAAUCUCACCUUAGAAAAAUUGUUAACGGUCUAUCAUCAUAAAGCUAUGUUCCUUGGAUACCCCUUAUCGCUAACAUUAAUUGUAGAAUUUUAGUGUUAAAACUAUUUAGCACACCACACUUAAUGAUGAACAAACCAAAUUUAAAUUUCUUCUCAAAAGUGACAAGAUUCAACUGAAUAAAUGUAAUAAAUUAAUAAAACUUCAAGUUUCACGUUAUAAUGAGUGUGCAAUUUUGGAGAUUGCACUUAUGAAUUUGGUGCUAUAAUUUUGUCACCUCUUUUGAGAAGAAUUUUAAAUAAUAAUUAAAUAUAUCAAAACAUUCCUCUUUAUAAAAAAUACUGCAUUUUGUAACUGCAAUACAGUCAAUAAUUCCAUGAAAUGUAUCUACAACAUAAGUACAUUAUAAAAAAUUGUAAUAAAGGUAAAAUUUAAAAUUUAUUCUCGCG